AUGGCCGCAGUACGCAGCUCGCAGACCCUCGACGAGGAGGAGGCUGCCGUCGCCCAUUUGGCCCAUCUCUCCGUCGUCGCCGCCUAUUCAGACGAGCACGAUUCCGACGAGGACGAUGACCGCACCCCGCCAGUCUCCCCGCUUCCGGCCGACGACCCGCCCCCAGAUGCCGCCUGCGUCGUCUGUUUUGAGCGCCAACCAAACGUCACCCUCGACCCGUGCGGCCACGCAAACCUCUGCGACGUCUGCGUCUCCCGCCUCGUCAAGCGCCGAUGCCCCACCUGUCGCGCCCGCGCCAGGAAGGUCGCCAUCCAGCGUCCCGGCGAGCAGGUCGUUACCAAGGGCGUGCGCGAAGUCAUUCAGGAGCGCAAGCUGCGCGAGAGCAAGGUCCUCGAGGAUACCCUCCAGGUCGUCUUUCUCGGCCCGGAAAAGGUCGGCAAGAAGACCCUUGUGCGCAAGCUCAUUUCAAAGUUCCCGCAUCCCACCUCGCAACUCAACGAAGAUCACCACUCGGAGCUUGACGUCUUCAGCGAUGGCACCGAUUUCUCCGCAAACGCUGCCAUCUAUGGCGCGAACGUUAGAUUGACCGUGCUUCGAAGGACCACCCUCACUAGCCGCCGCAUGGUUCUUGACGAUGUCCGUGUGCUCAAGCCGGACGUUCUCGUGCUGUGUUGUUCGGCUCAUGUUGGCGCAACGUUUAACACCAUCCUGUCCUGGGAUAAGGUUCUGAGGAAUAAUUUUCAAAAGCCGAGGCUUUGGGCACUCUUGACUCUGGAUGAUAAGGACGGUCCUGCUACAACUAAGUUUGAUACUGCUCAUGAUGUUUCUGGCGCUAUCAGUGCCAUCAUUCCCACAGAUCUCCGUCCGAAAAGCCACCACAUUUGCUCCCUAGGCGAACAGUUUUCCAUCGGUUUCCGCUCGUUACCCAAAGACAUUGUUUCGUUGGGACGGAUAGCUCGCGAUCAGGAACUUGCUGCCUCCAUUGCACUGGAAGAAGCAAGGAGUCUUGCCGAUCACGAGGCCGCUGGUACCAUUGGAGAUCAAGCUGCAGCAGAGCUCGUGCGUGCGAAUAACGGCAUCGAGGUCCCGAGCAGCUCGACGAGCGUGCCAGGGCAUGGAUCGAGAGGCGGAAACUCGUCGCGGGGAAACGGCGUAGGGCGUUCGUUCUCGCUCAGAGGGUUUCGAGAGCGAAAUUCCAACAACCCAAACGGCAGCAGCGGUCAGGGCAUCUCAGUUUCCAACUUUUUCAAUUGGCUCGCGGGUUCUCAUGAGUCAUAA